AUGACUCAGUCACGCCAACAGGCUUUCCAGCGGUUGCGUCCGGCCUGCGUCGAACUGAGUUCCACUGUGCUCCGAUUCAAAGCCAGUCAAGCCUCCCCGAAGGCUGUACUGCUUGCCCUGGAACCAGUCCACGAUGUGCUGCAGUCACUAGGCAGCGAGAAUUUGCUUGACGAGAAAUUGGCCGAGUAUGCCUUCUUCCCGCUCACACAUAUCUUCAAUCAAGCCCGGAGCCUCCCUUCUCAUGUCCUGGAAGUAGCUGUCAGAUGCGUCGAAAUCCUGGUUUCACGAGGAUGGCGGGACAAGAUUGUGCCGGAGAUGGCACGGCAGCUCCUGAUUCUUAUGAGCCUGUUAGUUUCCCCCAACUCGAAUCCCAGUCAACCGGCAGAGCCUGCCACGGACGAACUUAUAUGUGCUUCAUGCGAAUGCAUUCGUGCCAUCAUAGCUCAGAUAGCACGCGCUUCGACGAAGGUCCUUGACGAGGUUGGUGAUACGAACAUUGUGGACCGGCUCGUCUAUCAGCUGCUUCAAAUAAUUGCAGAUUCUAGCUCGGAAAUUGUUCAAAUCAGUGCAGCCCAGGCUCUUUUGGAGCUGUACUCGGCUAUUGCCAGCUGGACUCUUGCUGCCAGCUUAUUACCACGCACCGUUUCCACGCUGGUGAAAGUCUUGCGGCCGAGCACUCAAGCCCGCCGUACGCGGAAAGUUCUCGUGGCUUACCUGAAACUUUUCAACUUGGUUGUCAGGAAGACCCUUUCUGACGAAGUUGUUGAGAAACAUGUCGAAGACGGCGGUACGGAACUGGCAACAAAUCAACAUGCGCAAGCUAUCCCCGUCUUGAACAAGUCAUGGCUCCAGGCUACGGCCACACAAAUUGACCUUGCUUUGGUUCAAGUCACCAAACUUAGGACAUAUAAAGCGUCAGAUGUUGCUGGAGCACUUCUCGAUCUCUGCCUUCUAGUGAUCGAGGAGUGUCCACAGACGCUUGCGCUUUCUGUGCCUCUCAUGGUUGAGACGAUGGUUGUUCUCUGUCGGUCCCCUGAUUCAUCGAGGGCUGAUGCCAUGCUCCGACACAUCGUCACAUCACGACCAGAGAUAGCGGACAUUCUUAUUGAGAAGUUUUAUGACUGGACCCAAGCGUUACCACGGGUGAUGCAAGGGCACAAUGACAGACCAAAGCAACAAAUGCUUGGUCAAGUGGCGACGUCGUUUGCGGCUUUAGCAGAAUCUUGGAAUGCAACUGAUGAACUGAGUUCUAGAAUAGCAGCCACGCUCGUUGACAGCGCCGCAGCGGCCAUUGGAUCAACUUCGAAGAAAGCAAGGCUGAUCGAUGACGUGCCUCAUAGUGGUCCUAUUGACCUUGCAGAUGGAUCCACGAAAGUGGAAGGAGACUUCAAGCCUAUCAUCCUCAGCCACCAAAGUCAACAGUCUUCAACAAACGAGCUGAUGAAGUUCGUGAGCUAUCUCAAGUCUCAGCCAUCUAGUCGAGCCAUCGUGCGCAGCAUCAUCAAUCAGACUCUGAAUCCGGAUGUCGACAGGAGACUCGCUGCGACAUGGUUGGGCCUUGCCUUUCUUGGUUCUUCCCAGUAUGAUAUUAGCGACAUCGAUGAUUUGAUCGAGAGCAAUGCUUCGGAGACCGAGUCGCAACUCUCACGACCCUUCCUCAUCUCAGACUUGUAUGCUCUGACAUUGCCAAAUUUGUUACAAUAUCCCGAGGCCAAAACCGCAGGCGAUGCAGAGUGGAGAUUGGUAGCAAUGUCUCUGGAGUCCCUCACACUGCAAGCUCGGCAACUUGGCCGCUCCUAUCGACCUGAGUUGGUGGAAACACUCUUUCCUCUGUUGACAUUAUUUGGUGAUGAAAAUGCAAUGCUUCAACGCCAUGCGGUCACUGCAUUGAACAUUGUAGCAAAUGCAUGUGAGUACGAGUCAGCAGCUCAGAUGCUGGUCGACAACGUUGACUAUCUGGUCAACGCUGUUGCCCUUCGGUUGAAUACUUUCGAUGUAUCUCGUGACAGCUUGCAGGUUCUCGCCAUGAUGAUCCGACUGUGCGGUGCGAGACUCCUGCCACACCUCGAUGACCUGAUAGCCAGCAUAUUUGGGGCUCUCGAUAGCUUUCAUGGCUAUCCCAGUCUUGUCGAGCAACUGUUUGCUAUCCUGAAGAUGAUGGUUGAGCAGAGUUCCAAGACCCCGGAAGUCCUUGCUAUUGGUUCGGAGCACGAGCACGAGCCCGAUACUGUUGUACCUUCUCGCGUAUCUGGGGUGGAAGAUAUCGUUAACGACCUACGAGCGCGCCUGCAGAGAAGGUUGAAGUCGGAUGAAGAGCAUGAAGCAGUCACCCGAGCACCCCAUCGGCCGUGGAUGAGAGCAUUAGAUGGACCAGAUGAUGACGGGCAAGGCAAAUCGUCGGACGAUGAAGUGAUGGAAGACGUCCAGGAUCAGCUCGAAGACACGAGUAGGGCAAAGGAGCCUACAUUGUCAAAAGCUCAUCAGCUGCUUCUGAAUAUUGCCCAAUCAGCAGUCCCCCACAUGUCAUCUCCAUCGCCCAAGGUACGACUCACGUUGCUCCAGCUUCUGGAUGAGGUAUGUCCGCUGCUGGCGCAGGACGAAAAUUCUUUCUUGCCGUUUGUGAAUGCUGUGUGGCCUGCAAUCGUCCCACGGCUUCUGGCCAAGGAAGAGGACGCUUCAUCCGACAUGCCAUACACUAUGCAAGCCGCCGCGGACACCAUAUCCACAUUGUGCCGAGCAGCAGGCCAUUUCAUGGCCAGUCGCAUCGAAGAUGUAUUCUCGGACGUUGAGGCGCUCUUCAAAAAACUUUCCUCGGCGAUUAAACCUACUGGCAGGUCUCAACAGAGACCUGCUUCAUCGAAGCCGAAGGUGCUGGGAACGGAUAUAGUCACUUCCUAUGACAGAAGGGCCAUACGGCCAAAUCAGACCACGGGAUCGAACGGUCUAUUGACAAUGAAUCAAAACAGCAGCGCCAUACGAACUUCGAACGAACGGAUCCUUGACUCUCUUGUGGACAUGUUUCUCUCCAUUUUGCGGCAUGUCCGUAUGUCAGAGGACAACGUUGACAGACUCUUCGACAUGCUCGCGCCGCUGAUGUACAUGCCUGGAAAGGGAGAUGUGAAGGCUGCGUUGACCGAGUACAACGAAGAUGCUGUGUGGCUGAUGGAGCAGCAGAUGAACACUUGA